CCUUGCUGUGAGGAACUUUCAAGAACGUCAAAUUGUUUUUUUAAAGGCAUUUCCAGCCGCAAGUGACUUAAUUGUCCACAAGGGGGCGGCAAUAAUGGCGAGUCCAAAAAAAGAUGAGAGUUGCGGACCAGGGACGUAAACGGACGUAAACACGCCCAGGUGGAAGUGGAUGUGGAAGUGGCCCUUCCGCCGCUGCAAAGCCGCACAUCUGCCUUCGGGGGCGAGUUGGGUGUUUUUUCCCGCCAAGGAUGGGAGCAGGGGUGGCACCGCGCGGGUUCUUAAAGAGCAAAUGUGCGGACUCUGAGGACAAGCAGAGCUCUGCAGCAGGAUGGAGGAGCACAGGACACCCGCAGCGUGGACGACCACACUCGCCCCGUGGAUGCUCGUCUCGCUGGCCCUCGUGCAGGUCGCGGCCCCCAACCCGUCCCCCCUGGUGGGCUCCAACUGGGGCAGCCCGCGCAGGUACGUCCACCUGCAGACCUCCACGGAGCUCAGCAACUUCUACUUGGAGAUCAAACUGGACGGAAGCGUGCGAAAGGCCCCCAGCAGGGGUCCCUACAGCGUCGUCACGCUGAAGGCCGAUACCAGGGAGCGUCUCGCCAUCCUGGGCGUCAAGAGCAGCCGAUAUCUUUGCAUGGACUUGGAUGGAACACCUUUCACCUCAUCUGUGUGUCUCCGUGACGACUGUCUGUUUGACCACAAACUGCUGGAGAACAACCGGGACGUGUUCUACUCCAGUCGGACCGGCAUCUUGUUCAACCUGGAAGGUUCCCGCCAGGUGUUCUCUGCGGGCCUCAACCUGCCGCAGACCUCGCUCUUCCUGCCCAAGAAGAGCACCGUGCCUCUGGAGCGCCUCCUGCUGCACAGGGAGAAGAGGAACCGCCUGCCGGACGUCGCCGAGGCCUCGGACUCCAGGGCCGAGCCGGAGCAAGAGGCGGAGGUCGGGGAUGAAGGGAGGAACGCGUCCUGGGAGAUCCUUCCAGACCCCCCGGCACCACACGACCCCUGGAGCGUUCACUCUGCUAACCCCGCCAGCCCCAGGAGCACCGGAACAGUGGGAUGACCUUUGACCUGUGAGUGUCUCCUUUUGUCCUCACAAGUCCAAACUUUUAUGAGCGACUUGACUCGGUGGACCCGUUUUUGCACACUUCAUGUACAUUUAGGAUAAAUAUGACGCUUAUUCAGAAGAAAUACUUGAUCAAAGGCUUGAGAUGAUUGUACAUUUUCAGGCAACAUUGGGCACACCUGCAACACAAUAACUAUAUUCACUCAAUAUUUGACCACUUAUUUUUAACAACAAAAGACUGCCGCGUAAAUUCAUACGUCAACAUUUAAAUCCCAGUUGUUUUGGAGCAGGUGUGCCUAAUGAAAAGUCACAAAGAAGUGAUGUAAAUAUUAAUUUGUACACUGAAAAGUUUUUGUAGAUUUUACUGUAAAAAAGUGGCAGCUCAGUCACCAGAAUUUACUGUAAAACCAGAACUGGCACAGUUUUUCCAUUUACAGUAAUGCACUGUAAAAACGGUUGUAGAUUUCACAGUUAAGAAAAAUGUCAUUUACCCACCAUACAUUUUACAGUAAAAUUAUGAUGACUGAGCUGACAAUUUUUACUGUAAAAUCGAUUUUUUUUUAUUUUUUUUUGUAUAAAAGUGUAAUGCUUUGUAUACUUUUUCUAGCGCUUCGAAACACAAAGAACACAACGGAAACAUUUGCCAU